CUGCAGCGCUUGAAUGGUGCAUCUAGUUUUUAUUUCUAAGUUUUCAAAAGGCCAGCGCGGUGGUUGCUUGAAGGGAUACAGCUACGGCAAGAAGUGGUGCAAAAUCUCGCCAUAUAAUGACGUUAAAUUAUAUUAACUAACGCCUACAACUUCUCCCAGCCUCAACCAAACCUUACAAUAAUAAAAAAUAUGAAUCAACUAUUUGAAGCGUGUCUAAAAUCAUUCGGUUUUUAAAGCCGCAUAACGAAUCGCAAGAAAAAAUCAUGGCAUGCGACGUUGCGCAUAAAUAUUGGCAACUACCGCGAGAGCGAUUUGAAAGUGUACGAAGCAGUUUUGCUCUCGCAUCACUCUGAUGUCAUAUUUUGAUCGGUCUGCGCAGCGCCACGUGAAAUCGAAAGUUAUUUGUUACGGCGGUAACCGUAGUUUGUGAAUUCCUGACAAACGAUAUGUGACAUUCAGCGAUUCAUUGCAGUAGGUACAUGGUAAUAGAACGAAUCGUGACUACUAAACGAAAGUAGUUUCACUUCCGCUGAUUUGUGACACCCCUGGCAUUUGAAUGUGAACGCGCAGCUCAACAUGGAGUCGGAUGAACAUCGAACACCCCGUCAGAUUAAGAUUAUUUGUGUACUGUGCAAGAAAUCCGACGAAACUGAGAUCACCGGAGCUCUCUCGUCCAAAGACAACAUUUCAGCACACCAGAACUGUCUUUUGUACGCAUCAGGAAUCUACUCCAAGAACUCGCCUACAUAUGAUGACUUGUUUGGAUUCGCUGUAAAGGAUGUGAAGCAAGAGGUUCGGAGAGGCGGUAAAUUAGUUUGUCACCACUGCCAGAGACGUGGGGCUACGGCAGGAUGUGAAGUAAAGAGCUGUAAGCGCUCGUAUCAUUAUCCCUGUGCCAACGAGGCUAAUGCUAGUGUCAUUGAAGACCUUAACGAAGGCCGUUAUAUACUGUACUGUGAGAAGCAUGAUCCACAAUCAAAAGGAGCAAGUUCACCGUCACCAUCAACGUCUGGUAGGAAUCUGUCUAGGAGUGGAUCACCAGACAGUCGUGGACAAAGGCCUGUGAGGAGGGCAUCUAAUUCAUCUACAGGUUCAUCAGAACAGGAAAAUACUUACAAGCCCAAUAACUCGGCAACACCUAACGGCCCAGACAAUGAAGCUCAGAACUGCUUCGACCCGAUGUUUGCUCCAGUCGAGUCAGAUCUGGACGAUUCGACACCACCAAAACACCACAACUCAAUUCCUAUGGCUCAAGGUGCAAGGCCCAGUGAAAGACUCUGUCUAACAUCUACAGGUUUGAUUAAUGGGGCCAGAGGAUCUCAUUUGAAUGGCUGCAAUGGGGACAAUCCAAUACAACUUAACAAGAGGAUUGACUUUGAUUCAUCAAAUUCUCCACCAGAAACUCCCAGAAAGAAGAAAAAGAAGUUGUCAGUGCUUGACUCGGAUGAUGAACUUGAGACCAGCACUAAUCCUGUAGUUUCACCAGCAAUGCCACAUGGAUAUGGAUGCACCUCUCCAACACACCACAAUCAUUCAACUCCUGUGACUGAUAACACAAGACCCUGUGAGGCACUUCAUUCGUUACCCACAGGAGAUGAUGGUGAUGAGACUGACAUUGAUUCAGAUGGUUCUCAAAGUUUGUUACCAUCAGGACCUUACAAUGUCACUGUUCCAUGCACUGUUAUCAUGGACUCAGGGCCCUCGAUGGAAUCAGAGAACAGUUUAGACCCUUGUUCACCUUCCAGGCCUGUGACUGCUGAUGUGCGUACCCCGCCCGGUUCUGUCGCUACUGAGCCUGAACCUGAAGAUACAACAUCGAAAAACAUAACUGCCCCAGAGCCCAAAGCUCCAAACACUGACCAGGCCUUUCCCGGUUCUGCUGACCACAUGCCCCAACAAGAACGCUCAGACAGCGGUCCCACCGAUCAGCCACAAAGCCCCACAUCAGAGAUCCCAGAAGCAUUACCAUCCGCAAUACAACCACUUUCAGCAUCUCACAUCACUACGGAUCACCCAGAUGACCGUUCUCCUCUGGAAUCGGCAUCCGCGUCACCUUAUCACUCUGGCCGUGAUGCCGUGAUGAACUUGGAGUCCAGCGCCGCAACAUUUUGGGCUAGAUGUAAUGAGGCCGGAUGCACUGAAGAAAUCUUCUCAGAACUCAUAUCUCAGCUAUACAGCCUAAGAGAACGGAUACAGUCACGGGAAGCCACUCAGCAGGAUUUUGAUGUUGCUCUGAAGGUAUUAGAGGCAUCUGGACAACUACCUACAAUUAUAACUCAGCUUGAACAAGACCUGGAGAUGCAGGAAAGGGAAUUGCUGAGGAAGAUGGCAGCGCUGAGAGAUGCCAAAGCUAUCCUCAGAUUUAGUCUAAAUUAGCCUAAUCUUCUGAUGUGUAGAACUGCAAGGUUGUGUAACACAUUGUGAUUCAUAGGUUUUUUUAGUGUUACAUUUUGUAAAAAUUUUAUACUUUUAGCUGUCAGUUAGUAAUUCUUUGGAACUUAAAAUGUUUAAAUGUUAGUGUGACCUCGUGCAAUAAUUGUUAACUUUGUUAUGUUUGUUAAGUUUUAUAAAAAUCUAAUUGUUAUCUUUUAAAAAUGUAUCUCAACAGAAAUGUCUAUAUGUCUAAAAAAAUAUAUAUACCUACAAUUUUGUUUUAUUGUCAACAUUUUAAAUAAAUCUUUUUCAGGACAUUAAGAACGAGUUAAGGAGUACACUUUAUGUCUUCUGUACAUAGGCACAUGUUGUGUAUUUACGUUUAGUCAUUUAGCAGACGCUUUUAUCUAAAGAAACAAUAAAGCGAUAUGUCACAUGGGCAAUAAUACAGUAAGAGCGUAUGAGUGAGUAAUUCA